GCCGCCGUCGCAAGUCCGGGGCUGGCCAGGGAGGGCCGGGGCGGGCUCGGGCAGCGGCGGCGGUGCGGGAGCAGCGGCAGUUUAGGAUGGCAGGGGAGGUUCCCGUGCCCUCGUCCUGUGACUGUUUUGUGGCCCUGCCACCCCACACGGCGUCCCCCGCUGUCAUCUUCGGCAAGAACGCCGAUCGUCCCCGAGACGAGGUGCAGGAGAUCGUCUAUGUCCCCGCUGCCACCCACCGAGCUGGGGACAAAGUCCAGUGCACGUACCUGGAGAUCGAGCAGGUGGAGCGCACUCACGCCGUGGUGCUGAGCCGCCCCGCCUGGCUCUGGGGAGCCGAGAUGGGCGCCAACGACUGCGGCGUCUGCGCCGGCAACGAGGGAGUGUGGAGCCGAGAGCCAACGGGAGAGAACGAGGCACUGCUGGGCAUGGACCUGGUGAGGCUGGCUCUGGAGCGGGGCAGCUCAGCGCGGGAGGCUCUGGAGGUGAUCACGGCUCUGCUGGAGCGCCACGGCCAAGGCGGGAGCUGCAAGGAGGAUCCGGUGCCCUUCGUGUACCACAACAGCUUCCUGCUGGCCGACCGCAGCGAGGCCUGGCUCCUGGAGACCGCCGGCCACUACUGGGCAGCGCAGAGGAUCCGCGAGGGCAGCCGCAACAUCUCCAACCAGCUGAGCAUCGGCAGCGACAUCACGGCGGAGCACGCGGGGCUGCGGGAGCGGGCGCGGAGCCAGGGCUGGUGGAGCGGGGACGGGGAGUUCAGCUUCGGGCGAGCGUUCUCCCUGGAGGAGCAGCCCCCGCGCAUGGAGGCGGCCAAGGCGAGACUGCAGGCCGGGAAAGAGCUGCUGCAGCAGCACGCAGGUCACAUCACGGCAGAGACGCUGAUGUCCAUCCUGCGGGACAAGGCCAGCGGGAUCUGCAUGGACGCCGAGGGGUUCCGCACGGCCGGCAGCAUGGUGUCCGUGCUGCCCCGCGACCCCGCCCUGCCCUGCGUCCACUUCUUCACCGCCACCCCUGACCCCUCCAGAUCUGUCUUCAAGCCCUUCGUGUUCGUGGCCGGCAUCAAGCCGGUGCCGCAGGUGAGAUCCCCGACGUUCCUGCAGGAUCCCGCCAAGCAGAUCCCCAGAUUCCUGAGCUCCGUGGAUCGGCGGCACGAGCUGUACCGCCGGCACCAGGCAGCGCUGGAGAUGAUGGAGCAGGAGCCGGAGCGGGGCCAGCGGCUGCUGCAGACGCUGCGGGAGCUGGAGCAGCAGGGCCUGGAGGGGAUGAGGGAGCUGCUGGAGGGCUCCGUGUCCCCCUGCCCCGAGGAGCUGGCUGACCUCUUCUUCGACUGCGUGGAGGCCGAGAUGAAGUUUUACACCUAAACCCCACACAGGAUAUUUGGGAUAACUGCCCAUUCCCCGCUCCUUUGGCACCAGGCUCCUUCUCCAGAGCCUUGCCUGGGGGCUGGAUGGCGCCAGGAGCUCGCUGGGACACUCUGGAUGCUGGCAGAGGUGACAGCUGUGCCCCUU